GCUUCGGCGCGGCGUAGACGGGUAGCACCCAAACGAAGCGACCGAGCAACAGCAACAGCAUUGCAGCGUCCGGGCCUACCUGUCACCCAAUGGCGGCGUGUGGGAGAGCCGCCGAGGGUCCGGGGCGGCGGGCCCGCGGCGCUUGUCCAGUGGGGCCCGGUGGUGCUGGCGGCGGCGGCAUCCUGCUGCGACUGGUGCUGCUGGCGGUCUGCUGCUGCUGCUUCUGCCGCGUGCCGCCGGCCACCGCGCAACCACGGCUGUCGGAGGUAAUGCGCGAGAUCAACGCCGCCGUCGCGCAGAUCGGCGGCAUUAUGGACGCCUCCGUGGUCGCCAGCGGCAUGUGGGCUCCCAUUACUGCUGGGGCGGCCCUGCAGAUGGAGCCGCCGCAGCUGCCAGCAGCAGCUGCCGGUGGAACUGCGGCCACACCGCAGCAGCAGCCGGAGGAACUGCGGCCGGUGCGACCCGCCGCCGCUGCGCCGCGUCAGCUGCAGCAGGUGUCUGCUGCUGGGGCAGCGGGUGGACCCAUGCCGGCGCGCUCGCCGGCGGUGUCCGUCACACGGACCAGUGGAAGUAGUGGCGGUGGGGGUGGCGGUGGUGAUGGCCGUGCUGGUGGCGGUGGUGAUGGCCGUGCUGGUGGCGGUGAGGUGGGCACGGCAGUGACCGCGCCGCCGCCAACGCCUGCCCCUCCGCGGCCUCCGCCACCGUCGCCCUCCCCUUCGCCCUCUCCUCCGCCUCCCUCUUCGUCUCCCUCGCCCUCCCCCUCGCCCUCUUCGUCUCCCUCGCCCUCCCCCUCGCCCUCUCCUUCUCCUUCUCCCUCGCCCUCGCCCUCGCCCUCUUCUUCUCCAUCUACUUCUCCGUCUGCUUCAACGCCACCACCGUCCACCGCCUCGCCCGGUGCCGGCAACAGCGCUGCGGGAGUGACGCGGGCUUCCCCUGUUGGCUCGUUCACGCCCGCCGGCCCCUCCCCCGGCUGGCUGCGCGGCCGCACCACCUACUACGGCGGACCUGACUUCUUGUCGGCGGCCUACGACCCGGCCCGCGGGGAGGGCAGCUUCGGGAUUCUGUCGCACGGCGAGUGCGGCUACACCAACAGCGAUGGCACCCUGCCGUUCGCGAGGGAGGGUUACGCCGCCUCCGCGGACGCCAACUAUGACUACCCGGGCUCGUGCGGGCGCUGCUACCAGAUCAAGUGCGUCGAUGGGGCCGUGGCAGAGAACUCCACUGCCUAUGUGCACAUUGAGAAUGGGUAUUUCGGAGGGGACCCCGGGCGGACCUACCUGCCCGCCAUCAAGGUUGUGCGCGACACACGCAACCGCACCUGGCCCGGCAACCCGGGGGAGGGCCAGGGGCUGCAGGUGGUCAAGUGCUGGGACACAAACAAGGUUGUGACCGUGCGGAUAGCGGACGCGUGCCCCUGCCGCCAAGUCCUCCCUGACGGCGCGCCGGGAGUGAAAGCAGGCGGCGAGGUGCGGCGGCAGGAGUGGUGCUGCGGAGGCCAGAACCACUUCGACCUGUCCUACUUCGCAUUCGAGGACCUGGCACACCCGGUGUACGGCGUGAUGGGUGUGGACUACCGGCCCGUGGACUGCGACUCGGGGGCGCCGCUGCCGCUGCCGCCCGCGCCCGGCUACGUCAGCACCACCGUGUACGACGGCGGCAUUCGGCCGGGCUGGAACUGGUGGCCGUACAGCAGCGGGUACCACCGCCUGCUGGUGCCGGGGGGGGGUCUGGACGGGCAAGAUGGCACCUGCGUGCAGCUGUCUCCGGGUGGUGGGCUGGCCUUCCGCUGCCGCGCCUGCGGCACCACACCCGGCUACCAGCCGUUCGCGGGCGCCUCGGGCCUCAGCCUUUGGAUCCGGCCCAACUCCAAUUCCUCCGAUCCCUUCGCCUCCUCCACGCCCAACAACGCACUGCCGCCGCUCAAGCUGUUCGUCACCAGCGAAACGCCCGAGGGCAAGCGCUACUGCUUCAAUGAAAUCUACUUCAACACAGGGGUCUUCCCGAACGGCACCGACGCCGUCGCGACACGGCCCUCCAACUGGUACCAGGUGGCCGUGCCGAUGUCGGCGUUCAAGUGCCAGGGCGCGGUGCCCACCGAGCAGCUGAACCGCUUUGAGCUGCAAAACGUGAACGAGAGAGACGCAUUCUUCUGCCUGGACAAGGUGCAGAUUCUGAAAGGAAGGGGCAGUAGUGAGGGCCGGGGCAGCGGCAGAGAGGCCGCGGGCGAAGGCGGAAGCGGCGGCACAGGAGGGGGUGGAGGAGGGCAGUGAGGCUGUCGCCAGAGUGCUUCACAGCGCGUCUGCCAGUAGCAAGAGCACUCUACACAGUUAGCGGGCAAAAUUGGGAGAGAAGGCAUUCCGGGGCACCCCGGAGGCAUUCGAUUGCUUCGGUAGUCAGUGGUGCAAGCCAUGGUGCAAGCUAGAGGGGAGGCCCACGCAACAGCGGUGAUUGAUAUGCUCGCAGGCGCAUCGUAUGCAAGCACGAGAGCGAGUCGCUGCACAGAGUAGGCGAUGUUGGCAAGGGGAACGCGCUGCGUGCAGCCCCCAUGGCCCAGUCGUGGCUCGACGUUCGGGUGUUGCCCACCGACACGCACUUUUACUCCCUAUCGUUUG